CUCAGCCACCGGUUGCCAGCGAUCCUGCUGCCGGGUCCCCGCGGAGCUCCGGAGCGCGCGCGCCGACAAGUGGGGACACUCGCGGGCCAGACCCCGGAGGCCACCCCCGGCGCGCCCGCUACCCACCGGUCUCGAUUCCCUAUCCCUGGCCGGCGACCCUGGGCCCAGGGAGCUUGCUGGGUGGGGGUAGGGUCCCCGGGGACCCGGGCCAGCUCCGGGCGCGACGAUGGAGGAAUCGCAGCGCCCGCGCUCGCACACGGUCACCACCACUGCCAGCUCCUUCGCAGAGAACUUCUCCACCACCAGCAGCAGCUUCGCCUACGACCGAGAGUUCCUCCGCACCCUGCCGGGGCUCCUGAUUGUGGCCGAGAUCGUAUUCGGACUGCUAGUAUGGACGCUUAUCGCGGGCACUGAGUAUUUCCGCGUCCCUGCUUUCGGCUGGGUCAUGUUUGUAGCUGUCUUUUACUGGGUCCUCACUGUCUUCUUCCUCAUCGUCUACAUCACCAUGACCUACACCAGGAUUCCCCAGGUGCCCUGGACCACAGUGGGCCUGUGCUUUAACAGCAGUGCUUUCCUCUUGUACCUCUCGGCCGCCAUAGUGGACGCGUCUUCCGUCUCCCCAGAGAAGGAGGGUCACAACUUCAACAGCUGGGCAGCCUCCUCGUUCUUCGCCUUCCUGGUCACCCUCUGCUACGCUGGAAACACAUACUUCAGUUUCAUAGCCUGGAGAUCCAGGACCGCACAGUGACUUCCUCUUCGGAAAAUGGAGAUGAAGACGCACCAGGAUGCAUCCGGCUGUGAAAGCAGUUGUAGCUAUAAUGUAUAUUGCCCCCAGAACUGUAUUUAACUAAUGUUUUUUAUAUUUUAGUUAAAUUACCUCCUAGUGGCUUGUUACAUUUAAGCUCGAUACUAACUUGCAGAGUGUCGUGACUUCUGAUGAACUCUGAGGUCUCUUGACUUCCUCAUAGUCUUUAUUUUCUUACAUAAUAUAUAAAUAAAUGACUGAAUGUUAAGAAAGUG